AUGCUAUCAACUAAGAAUAUCCUACUAUCUAGUGCCAUUAGAAACACUACUGCUUCAUCUUUAUUGCCAGCCGUUGCCAACUAUGCAUUGCUAUCUUCCACAUCUGGCAUUACUAAAAGGUAUAAGCAUCAUAAGACCCAAAGCCAGUUUGCUGCUACCGACUCAAUCACACCAUUGGAGCCUUUGCCUAAUAAGCCAAUUAUUGAUAUGGCUUAUGAUUUACAUUUACCCGAGAGAUCUGUAUUAGGGAAGUUACCAUAUCAUUGUGAAGAACCAAUUGUUUUUGUGCAUGGAUUAUUUGGUUCAAAAAGAAAUUAUUUUGCUGAUUGUAAGAAGAUCGCUAAUGCGUUACAAACACCAGUCUAUACAGUCGACGUCAGAAAUCAUGGGCUAAGUGAACAUGCAUUGCCUUUUGAUUAUGAAACUAUUACCAAUGAUGUUUUGCACUUUAUUGAGAAACACCAACUAACUGGUGCCAGUAAGAAUAAAAAAGUCAGUAUUAUUGGCUAUUCUUUGGGUGCUAAAGUUGCUAUGAUGUCGUUAUUGAAAAAACCAGAAACAUUCAGAUCUGCUGUGAUUAUUGAUAAUUCACCGGUUGUUCAACCAGAAAUUACUCCUUUUUUGAAGAUUUUUGUUAAGGCCUGUGUAAGCACUCUCCAAAAUGGUCAAAUUAAAGCCAAUGAUAAAUUGUGGAGACAUAAAGCCAGUCAAGCUAUGAGAAAAUUGAUCCCAUCUCCCGGUAUUAGGGGCUAUUUAUUGAAUAAUGUCAUUAACAAGCCCCCAAAGACAAAGGAGUAUAAAUCACCCGUUAUUAAUUAUAAUGACGGUUAUAUUCAUUUCAGGAACCCAGUUAAACAUAUGAGCGAAAUCGCUGUUGGUAAUGUUGCUGAUUGGCCAACUAAAUUAGUUGAGGGUAAGCAAUAUUUAGGCCCUGUCUGCUUUUUAAGAGGUCUAAAAUCUGAUUUUAUUCUCGAAAAUGGUAUUAAAGCUAUUAAUAAAUAUUUCCCAUAUAACGAGAUUAUUGGCUUAAAUACUACCCAUUUCAUGUUGAACGAGAGGCCAAACGAAUACGUUAGAAGUAUUGUGGAUUUCUUCAAAUCUUCCAGAAGUGCUUUGGAAAAUAAAAUUUUGGCUGAUAGUAAGAAGGGCACCGUUUCCAUCGAUAUCGUUUCAGAAGGAGAACAGCAAUUGGAGGGAGAUAAGAAAGAAUUAUAA